UCAAAUCCAUUUUCUUAUAAAUACUCUAGAAUUUUCAAAUUAUAAUCAGUUAUAGAUAAUGCGUUCAACACGUAAGUGGGAAUCAGAUAAGACUGGCAAAGGUUUCGUAAAUUUCCUUAUAAAUAGUCUCCCGUUUGAAGCCCAUGUUCCAAAAUAUCAGUAUUGUGGACCUGGUACGAAAUUAAAAAAGAGGUUAGAUCGUGGCGAUAAAGGAAUAAACCCAUUGGAUACUGCAUGUCGUGAUCACGAUAUUGUGUAUGAAACUAGCAAAAAUUUAGAAGAUAGACAUAACGCUGAUAAGGUGUUAGAACUCCGUGCUUGGGAAAGAUUUAAAGCAAAAGAUACACCUAGAAAAGAGAAAAUUGUAGCGUACGCAGUAGCUAACACAAUGAAAGCUAAAAGAAAAAUAGGUAUGGGCUGUAAAGGUAAACGGGGACGUGUUAAUAAAAUAAAAAAUGGGACACGAGCUGCGAUAAAAAAAAAAAAGGUUAAGAAAAAUUAUAGAGGUAAAAGAAUGAUUCUAGCACCGGGUCAGACAGGUGGUGCAAUUCCCUUAAUACCUAUUUUCGCAGGAUUAUCAGCACUUGGUAGUUUAAUGUCUGGAAGUGCUAGUGUAUAUAAUGCAAUCCAAAAUUCAAAAAGAAAAAAAGGUAACGGAUUAAAAAAUAAAGGAUCAAGAAAAAAAAACUGAUGAAAACGUUACCUAACAGACCACUUACAUCUAGAGAUAUUAUAAAAUAUGUUACAAAGUUUAAUAUCAAUCAUUUCCGUGGCGUCUUUUCACGAGAUGACUUGCCUAAAAAACCUCAUCAGAUUGAAUGUGGUAUAUUAAACUUAGACGUAUCUUCAGGUGAUGGAAGUCAUUGGGUAGCGUUUUAUAAAAAUAAAGAUAAAGUUAUUUAUUUUGAUAGCUUCGGUGAUUUACCUCCACCAAUUGAAUUACAAAAAUACUUUAAG